AAUGCUUCCUCAUGAAAUUCAACAAUUUAUGGGAAGUGGAGCAUUUGCUUCUUCAGAUCCGUUAUUCCACAGCGACACUAUUCAUCAUGUCGAGUUUGAUUUUUAUGGAAAAAGAGUUGUGACAGUUUCAAGUGACAAAUUGGUAUGUAUUUGGGACAAGGAAGUACAUGGAAAUUGGAAAAGAAGUGCUUCUUGGAAGAAGCACGGUGGUGCUGUUUGGAAAGCUCGUUUUGCUCACCCAGAAUUUGGACAAGUACUUGCAACAUGUUCAUUUGACAAUACUAUACAAAUAUUUGACAAAGAUGCCGUGGACGUAAUGGAUGCUCGCUCUUCAAUGAGUGCUUCCGAUUUUAGUAAUGGAUGGGUGUGUCGGACUGUGCUUCGGCAAAGCACAUCCAGCAUUACCGACAUUCAAUUUGCCCCUCAUUAUUUAGGUCUUCAAUUAGCUGCUUGCACUUCCUCAGGGAGAUUAGUAAUAUAUGAAGCGGAGGAUAUAAUGGCUUUGGACAAUUGGAAUGUUCUCGUCGACAACGAAAUUUGUCAACAUCGACUUUGUUCUCUCUCAUGGAGUAGAAGUCGCUUUGAUCCGCCCUAUAUUGCUCUAGCUUCAGAUGAUGCCGAUGCUCCCGCUGAAGAAAAAGUUUUUCUCUUUAGAGUUGUCAAUACUGGAAUUUUCCCUGCCCGUGUAAUUUCUUCCACCAGUUCAACUCCUGUUGAAAAACAACACCAAAAAUCCAAAGACUACAAAUUUUUAUUUGAAGAUCCAGUCAGUAUGCUUGCAUUUGGGCCUUCUUGUGGACUUGGAAUACACAAAUUAGCAAUUGCUGUCGGAACAAGAUUAUUAAUUUACCAAUUACAAUUAACAAUGACUGAAGACCACAAUCAGGAAGGAUCUACUGGAAGUGCUAGCGAAGCAGCAGAAAAUCAAUUAGGAGAGAAUACAGCAGAACAAACAACAAUCCAACAACAUUUUGUAAUUAAAUCUUUGGAUGUUUUGGAAGAAGGAAAUUCUCAAUUAGUUCGAUUUGCUUGGAAUAUUCUUGGUGACAUUUUAAGUGCUGUUUAUGCUGAUGGACUUGUACGGAUUUGGAGAUGUAUUUAUAUUUUAUUUAUAGCGCCCAGUAAACGCAUUUUUGAGUUUUUGUGA